CGCACUCAGUUCGUAAUCAUCCUAUCGAGCGAUAGCUUUGUCGAAUCGUUCCUUAACAUAAACAAUGUUGCUCGCGUAAAUAAAUAUGUGCAUUGUCUAAUUUAUACGUGUUUGAAGUGAGAGUGCCAUCGUUUUGAUUUUGUCGGAUGAAUAUACAUUCCUAAUAUCAUGAAAAGAUGGCAUCAAAGUAUCAAAUUUUACUUGUCGCGCUGACAGUACAGUUCUAUGUCAGUGCUGCACCAAGUGAAGAAAAAAAACCAGAAGAAUUAGUCAAUAUAGAACAAACAGAUGGAAACCUAAAUAGUAAAACACUGUCCUUAUUAGAUGUAGCAGAAACAGAGACCAAUGGGCAACAAAGUCAACGUGAGAAACGAUGGUACAACUUUUAUGGAUUUCCACCAAUAAACCCAUCAUACAAUUCAGGGUAUGGAAAGAAGGAUAAUUCUUUCAAUCCUGGAUACGAAGAUCCCUUUGUAGAAAUUCAUAGAAGAUUGCAAGAACUGAGUGGUAUUGUAAGACAGCCAGCACCAUCAUUUCCAUCGUUCUCUUCAAAUAAUUUCCCAUUUUAUUUACCUGUUUUUUAUGUUCCACAAUCCGGAUGCGAUUGCCCAACACAAACUGAAAGUCCACAAACUACCCCAGAUAACAAGAAAAACACAACUUCUCCCUCUCCAAACAUAGAAACUAGAUUUCCAGAAAUGGAAGACAACAGACAAAAUUGGGGAGUUGUUAAUGAAAUAGGAACAACUACUAACGAACAAGUAGACGAUUAUGAUGAGAACGACGGAGCAAGGCCUAUAUCUUUUGAGCCUAUUCAACCUAAUACACCAAUAAGUAGACCAGCUCCUCCAGUUGAACACGGAAGCAGUCAAGGUAAUGCUGAUGAGCCAAUUACCACUACACCUGGGUCUUUUCAAGCUUCUACCACUAUAAAUCCAAUUCAGAAUCCGACAACUGUAAAUCCAAUUUCGGAAGCACCCAGUGCAUGUGAUGGUGCAGUAUUAUCUUGCUGUCAUCAACUUCAGGUGACGUAUGAUUGCUUCGCUCUACAGGGAUGUCCUGAUCCAACAGCUUAUGGCAAUCCUUGUGAUUCCAACGUCAUACUCAGAGUGAUAAAUAGAUUCCAAAGUUUCUAUGGCCAGAGGACUGGUUGACUUGUGCUCUUACCUCAUUGAGAUUAAGUAUAUAUGUGAUUAGUACUUAUAAAACUGCCGCAGUUUAAUUUAUUUGUAUUCAAUUAAUAUGUUGAUGCCUCGCUCUUGUGUUAUCAAUGAAUGCAACUUGUGUGUUAUUACAAGAAUUGUAAGAGAUUAUUAAGAUGACAGUUACCUAUUACAGAUAUAGUAAAUAGUACGUAAAUGCCUAAUAUAAAUAAUUGUAAUAACAAAGUUCUCAAUAUUUUAGGCACCACUAAUUAUGUUUUAUCCUUUAUUACAUAAAUAAGUAGUAAAAUGUUUGCUUGUAUUUAAGUUUAUUUAUGUGUCUAUUAAUUUAUUGUAUAAAAAUAUAAAGCGUAUAUAAUUAAUAGUUAAAAUAUAACUAUUAAGUAUGUAUACUAGGACAGUAUUCCUAUACCAAUACAAUUUUAGGUAAAUAUUAUUAUAAUACCGAAAAUAUAUUUAAGAGAAAAUGAUCUGCUUUUUUAGUCUAUAGUAAUGAUAUUUAUACUAGUUUAUCUUUAAAUUUAUAUUAUUUUGCACCUUUCAUUAUAUAACUAAUUUACGAAAAUGAACAUGAACUUAUAUUUUCUGUUGUCAUUUACCAAUAUUGUUUCGAAUUCGUACAUAAUAAAAUGUAAAAUUCAUUAAACCAUAACAUUCUCUACAAUUAACAUUUAUAUAAUUUCGUUUAUACGUAAAAUUAGGAAAUAUACAGAAUUUUACCACAUUUUAUUUAUUUCUAUUAAUUUCCCGAUAUUUUGGCAGUGGUACAACCGCCAUGAUCACGGGCAAACUGAAGAGCAGCGGGUAGUUAGUAAAUAAAGUUUGGGAACUCCAUAAAAAUAAAUAAAACAUGGUAAAAAUCCGUGAUUUGCAUAUUUUUACGUAUAAGUAAAGUCUUUGGAGAAUUAUUACUUCAUUUUAGAAUACAUAUAAUAGAGACGAAGACGAAUGACCUUUUUUGCAAUGGGUUACGUAGAGCCAAUUUUAAAGAUACUUAUUUUCGUAAUAAAGAUGUAUUUAUCUACUUAAAAUUGUUUACAAGUAUAGUUUAUUCGUUGUAUAAUGAUGAGCCAUGUAAUUUUCUUGCCUCUUUACGACCUCGGUCAUACAAUAAUCAUGAUUAUUUGUCGUAAAGUUCAAACAACAGACGAAAAGGUCUUUGAGUAGAUAUUCAAUUAUAGUUAUACUGGAAUAGAAUAUCACGUACAGGGCUACAUGUAAAGGGUACAAUAGUUUGCAUCUAGUAUAGCAUGAAACACAGUGUUCCAAAGAACUAAAUUACAAAAUUGAAAGUAAUUUUCCAGACAUUACAAACUGUGCGGUCACGUGAUCAAUGUAAUAUGAAAGUUCAUAAAUUUUCAAAUUUCCAUUCUGUAAAUUCUUGGUAAAUAUAAUUCAGUUUGAACAGUAUUCUAUCGAGGUCGGCGUAUUUUAUACCCUUCAUAGCUAACCCUGUAGGAAGAAAUAGAUUAUUUGAAUUAUUCUGUUAUUUCUUUAAUGUAUACUGUAAUUUAUAUAAUUAUCAAGGUUGUAUUAAUUAAGAAUACUACUCUCAAUUCUGUAGACGAGCAUAUAUUCGUAUAUGUAUUUAUAAAACAGACAACUUGUCAGACUGGGUAAAUCCAACUUCAACCGAUAGCAAUCGAUGAUCUAACACGGGUGAGCAUUUCAAAUAUUACACAUCUUCAAUGGAUAAGCAGGAUUUUAAACACGAUUCAAUCGAAACAAAGUUGAACAGUUAUUGUUAAUUCAAACUUUAAGUUGAUCGCCCACAGUAUGGGAAAGGUCAUCUUGGACUACAAAUAUAUGUAUUGGAGAGAAAUAAUACAGAUAUUACAAUACAUAUAUAUAUAUAAACAUAAAUGCAUUUGUAAAUAUAUAUGUUAAUAAACUAUAAUGGGUAAAAUAAAUUUUGAUAAUGCUAUAAAAAAGGCAAUAUACGUUAAAUGAUACUUAUUCGAAGCGAUAUUGAUCUCGGUACGAUUCUGCCACGUUACUCUGCAGAAAUGUCUUCAAAUUUGAUGACGAGACUUCGGCUAACAAGUUUAGAGAGAUAUACAAGAGAAUACUUUUUGUUUUAAGGUUUCAUUUAUAGUAUAUACCUUUGUUAUACAGAUUGUCAAAUAAUAUAUGGCUGAAAUGAUGAUGAUGUUUAGCAAAUAGUACAUAUUAUGGGUACAUAUAUUAUAGUGCUACAAAUCAAUAGUGUAUGGAUGAAUAAAUCUCAAUAACACUGUUAAUAUAAUAUAUGUUCAUGUUUUUGAUGUAAAAAUAAUUAACGAUUCGUUUCAUUUAAUGUUUAGAUACACUAUAUGUUAGUUUGAUAUAUGGUUACAUUUGAAUGUAUUUUUAUAAUAAAAUAGACUUUUGACAGGAUACUUUUUUAUCGUCAAUCGUGCGUAGAAACAAACUUACAAUUGUAAUUGUAAGCAAACUUACAACUAUGUAUAUAAUUGAUAUUAUACUUUUAUUCAUUUAUUUAUACAUAUUUAAAUUUUGGAUAUAAUUCAGAUUUCAUUUGCACAUUUAUUGAUUUAUUACAAUGAUAAAAACGGUUGUAUUUUGUACGUGUCCAUAAUAAAAACGGUUCUUUAUUAAAUUUUUUUUG